CUGGGUCUUCCGCCCCUCAUACAGUCCUCCAGCUCUAACACAACAGCCCAGUCCUCCAGCCAACCAGGACAGCGUCCACAAUGAGUAAGUCUUUCUCCUCCCAGUCCGCUCAGUCGGCCUCCUCCUACCGACGCACCUUCGGCUCCGGAGUAGGAUCCUCCCCCAGCAUGUCUACCCUGUUCUCCCACGGCGGUCGCGGCUCCUCCGGCUCGGCCCACAUUUCCUCCAGGGUUUACGAGGUGACCAAGACCCACGGCCGCCCCAUCUACUCCUCGGGCGGGAUCCGUUCCUCCUCCGCCGGGAGCAUGCGCUCCUACGCCGGGAUGGGCGAGAAGCUGGACUUCGACCUGGCCGACGCCACGAACCGCGACUUCCUGGACACCAGGACCAACGAGAAGGUGGAGCUGCAGCACCUGAACGAUCGUUUCGCCAGCUACAUCGAGAAGGUGCGUUUCCUGGAGCAGCAGAACGCCACGCUGAUGGUGGAGAUCGAGCGGCUGAGGGGACGCGAGCCGACCCGUGUGGCGGAGAUGUACGAGGAGGAGAUGAGGGAGCUGAGACGUCAGGUGGACGGCAUGUCCAAUGACAGAGCCCGCAUGGAGAUCGAGAGGGAUAACCUCGCCGACGACCUCCAGAAACUCAAACUCAGACUGCAGGAGGAAAUCCACCAGAAGGAAGAAGCAGAGAACAACCUGUCUGCCUUCAGAGCGGACGUAGACUCCGCCACUCUCGCCAGGCUGGACCUGGAGAGACGCAUUGAGAGCCUACAGGAGGAGAUUGCCUUCCUCAAGAAGAUCCACGAGGAGGAGAUCAUUGAGCUGACGAGCCAGAUGCAGGAGACAUCUGUGCAGGUGCAGAUGGACAUGUCCAAGCCAGACCUGACCGCUGCCCUCAGGGAUAUCCGCGCACAGUACGAAGGCAUCGCCGCCAAGAACAUUGCCGAGGCUGAAGAUUGGUACAAGUCCAAGGUUUCCGACUUGAACAUGGCGGUGAACAAGAACAAUGAUGCCCUGAGACAGGCCAAGCAGGAGAGCAUGGAGUUCAGGCACCAGAUCCAGUCCUACACCUGUGAAAUCGAUUCUCUGAAGGGAACCAAUGAGUCCCUGCUCAGGCAGAUGAGGGAGAUGGAGGAGCGUCUGGGCCACGAGUCCGGAGGUCACCAGGAAACCAUCUCCCGCCUGGAGGGCGAGAUUGCAAAGAUGAAGGACGAGAUGGCUCGCCACCUCAGAGAGUACCAGGACCUUCUCAAUGUCAAGAUGGCCCUGGAUAUUGAGAUCGCCACCUACAGGAAACUACUGGAAGGAGAGGAAAGCAGGAUCACUGUGUCUGGCUCCCACUCAGCUGGUCACUCAGCCUCAUCAUAUUCCACCAUUGGGUUCAGAGAGACAUCUCCAGACGUCCCACGUUCGUCAGAGGUUCACUCCAAGAAGACUGUCCUGAUCAAGACCAUUGAGACCCGCGAUGGAGAGGGAAGUCCCACUGAGACCAUGUCUCUAUUGGAAGAUAACGCUACUUUCCAAAAAAAAAAAAAAAGCAGCAGGAAACAAAAGGUGGUCAGUGAAUCUACACAACAGCAGCAGGACAUCAUGUAAACAACAUCAACAACGCGACAACAAGACAACACAUUGCUUUAAAAAAAAUAAAGAACAACACACUACGAAGGGCUAUAAGCACCCCAUGAAGGAUUACAGAUGCCCUAAUGAAUGUUUAGAAAUCACUAACUCCCACUGACUAGAUAUUAAACGACUCAUCUUCAAUUUGGAGCAAAACAAAGUAUCGAGAAACGGAGGGAAACCUGACAGGAAUCAGAAGGUGUGAACAAGGUGGACAGUGUCAUGUCAAGCCCGGGCCAGAACAGAACCUUGCCAGAGGGGAAUUCCAGGACGUUGGGAGUCGGAUGUCUCUGUGCAUGUUUCUAUUGUGUGUGGAUGGGAGGGUCUCUGCUUUUCAAUGUUUCACAAUGUCAAGGGAUUGGAAAUAAAAGCACUGAGAUUUAAACACGAA